UCGGCCGCCACCGGAGCCGCUCGGAGCUGCGCGAACAUGGCCGAAGUCGGCGAGGACAGCGGCGCCCGCGCCCUGCUGGCGCUGCGCUCGGCUCCCUGCAGCCCCGUGCUGUGCGCCGCGGCCGCGGCCGCCGCCUUCCCGGCCACCACGUCCCCGCCGCCGCCGGCGCAACCUCCACCCGGGCCGCCCGCGCUGCCCGCCGUGCCCGACCCCGGGCCGGUGCCCUCCACCGCCGCCACUGCCACCACCACCGCGCCCGCCCUGGUGGCCGCGGCCGCUGCCUCUGUGCGCCAGAGCCCCGGGCCGGUCCUGGCGCGCCUGGAGGGUCGGGAGUUCGAGUUCCUGAUGCGACAGCCUAGCGUCACCAUCGGCCGCAACUCGUCGCAGGGCUCGGUGGACCUGAGCAUGGGCCUGUCGAGCUUCAUUUCCCGGCGCCACCUGCAGCUCAGCUUCCAGGAGCCUCACUUCUAUCUUCGCUGUCUCGGCAAGAACGGCGUCUUCGUGGACGGGGCCUUCCAGAGGCGCGGAGCGCCCGCCCUGCAGCUACCCCAACAAUGCACCUUCCGGUUCCCGAGCACAGCCAUCAAGAUCCAGUUCACGUCCCUGUACCAUAAAGAGGAGGCCCCGGCAUCCCCCCUGCGGCCACUCUACCCACAGAUUUCCCCACUGAAGAUCCACAUUCCGGAGCCGGAUCUCCGGAGCCUCGUCAGCCCCAUCCCUUCCCCGACCGGCACCAUCAGUGUCCCCAACUCCUGUCCGGCGAGUCCUCGAGGGGCUGGGUCAUCCAGUUAUCGCUUCGUCCAGAAUGUGACCUCCGACCUUCAGCUGGCUGCAGAGUUCGCUGCGAAGGCAGCCUCCGAGCAGCAAGCAGACACGUCUGGCGGGGACAGCCCCAAGGACGAGUCGAAGCCACCGUACUCCUAUGCGCAGCUGAUCGUGCAAGCCAUCUCCUCAGCCCAGGACAGGCAGCUAACACUAAGUGGCAUCUACGCUCACAUCACCAAACAUUACCCUUACUACAGGACUGCCGACAAGGGCUGGCAGAACUCUAUCCGACACAACCUCUCUCUUAACCGCUACUUCAUCAAAGUCCCUCGGUCCCAGGAGGAGCCUGGGAAAGGCUCUUUCUGGCGAAUCGACCCUGCGUCCGAAGGCAAACUCGUGGAGCAAGCGUUCCGAAAGCGGAGACAGAGGGGAGUCUCCUGCUUCCGCACCCCCUUUGGACCUCUGUCCUCACGGAGUGCUCCAGCCUCACCCACCCACCCGGGACUCAUGUCCCCUCGUUCCAGUGGCCUGCAGACCCCAGAGUGCCUGUCUCGGGAGGGCUCCCCCAUUCCACAUGAUCCUGACUUGGGGUCAAAGUUAGCCUCUGUUCCAGAGUAUCGCUAUUCCCAGAGUGCCCCGGGCUCCCCUGUCAGCGCCCAGCCGGUGAUCAUGGCUGUCCCUCCCCGACCUUCCAACUUAGUGGCUAAACCUGUCGCCUACAUGCCAGCUUCCAUAGUGACCUCACAACAGCCCUCAGGCCACGCCAUCCACGUGGUCCAGCAGGCCCCCACCGUCACCAUGGUGAGGGUGGUCACCACCUCCGCCAGCUCAGCCAACGGGUACAUCUUGGCCAGCCAGGGCUCCACUGGGACCUCCCACGACACGGCAGGCACAGCCAUGGUGGACCUGGGAAACGAGGCUCGAGGUUUGGAAGAGAAGCCCACCAUAGCAUUUGCCACAAUCCCUGCAGCCAGCCGAGUUAUCCAGACGGUCGCCAGCCAGGUGGCCCCAGGAGUCCCUGGACACACAGUCACCAUCCUGCAGCCGGCCACACCAGUGACUAUCGGGCAGCACCACCUGCCAGUCCGGGCUGUCACUCAGAACGGGAAGCAUGCUGUACCCACGAAUAGCUUGACUGGCAGUGCUUAUGCCCUCACCAGCCCCCUGCAGCUCCUGGCAGCCCAGGCGAGUUCAUCCACGCCAGUGGUCAUCACCCGGGUGUGCGAGGUGGGGCCUGAGGAGCCUCCAGCAGCCGUCUCGGUGGCCGCUAAUGCCACGCCGACCCCAGCCAUCUCCACUACCACAUCUGCCUCUUCCAGCGGGGAGCCCGAGGUCAAGAGGUCCCGGGUAGAGGAGCCCAGUGGGACAGCCACCACACAGCCCACAGCUAUGGCAGCCACCGGCCCUCAGGGCCCAGGGACCGGCGAGUGAAGUGUCACCUGAGGAAGGUGGAGUGAAACUCACGCCACAGGAGCCCCAGGCCAGCAGCUGCAUUCAAGGACCGAGUGGACAAGCUCACGAUGGCCUGCAGCCCUCGUGCAGGUGGCCGCCAAACUCGGACAAUUUCCUUUUUAUCUCCUGUCCUCCCAUGGUUUGAAACAAACACAUAAACGCGUUCAGACAGCUUGAUUGUACGACUCUGGGGGUUCUGUGUGUUUCUUUACCCUCUCGUGCCAUUGCCUCCCCCCAGUUCUUCGGGGAGAAGGUCUAGCCCAGCUCCUCAGGAACGGAUCCCAGGCAGCGCUCACAAGAAGAGCCUGAGCCCCAGGACUGGACAGCAGUACGGUGCAAACCCAGGCUCCUCUCUCCGGGAGUUGGUCUGCGGACUUCCUGUUUGUGACUGAUCCGGGAAUAGACCAGAAAACAGAACAGCAGGAACUUCCCAGCCACAAGCUAGAAUACAGAGCCCUCUCCCCAAAAGUGACAGAGGUUGUGGCAUUACUUGGGGUCAGGGAGGUCUACUUUGGCUUUGGACCCUAAAUAUUUCUUUCAGCUAAGUAUGGAAUCUGGCCUCCUCUCAAACCUAAGACACACAGAGGGGCCAUGUGUCUUUGAGGUUCCCUUUUAUAGGCAGCCAAGCAACACCAGCUCCGGGCACUCGUCCACACCAGCCCCUGGUGACCAUGCCGCUCUCCCCGAUAACUCCAAGAAGGACGGGCGGCUCCCAUGUUGAUGUAUCAAAGGGAUUUAGGUUGAAAUCAGUACAGGGCCCGUGCCCAAAGCACUGAGUGAGUCCAGAGCUGCAAGCUACAAACGGAUAUCCAGGGAAUCCUGAGCCAGCUCCAAAGGAAGUCGGUCAGCCGCUCGCUCAGCGGGGAGGAUGAUGGUACGUGCGUGCCAGCAGAAGACAGCAGCGGAUCUGUGUGACGAUCUCCUCACACCGUCUCCUCCCUCCCAGGCCCCCAUUCCAGUUUCCUGAGAACCCCAAGACCUGUCCAGUUUGAAAAUGGAAACCCUCUUUUCUACCUGAAGCUGGAGUCUCGGCCGUUACCCUCCGGAAAGGAAACUACCUCUCCGGACAGCAGUUGGUGCCAAGUUUGAUUACAGUGCAGCAAGAACCAAAGCAUGGAUGUCAGCUGAGGACUUGGACUCCUGGGGAAGGUCCCUUUGCAUGCCAGACAAGUGACCAACAGCACUUUAACAUACACACCAAGUCUCAUGAGCAGGAGCCAUCAAACGUUCCCCUCUGUGGGAAUGACAGUUGGUUUUGUAGAAGUAGUCGUGGGGGCUGUGCGACGUGAGACUUGAAGGCAGCCAGAAACUCAGUGUUGGUCCUGGAGGGCGAGCCAUAGGCAGCUUGGACAGAGAGCCCCAGGAGAGACAGCCCUGUCCUUGCUAUCAGACCACCCACCAGCCAGCCGCCUUUGCCGGGAGGGACUCCAGACCUGGAGGCUGUGGUCCCAGGAGAGCAGAUGCCCAGGUUGGCUAAGUCCAAGGUCCGCUGUAUGGCCUCUGCCGUUGAGGCCGCCAGUCCCCACACACGUCAGGGACCAGUGCAGUGGAGCACCUGUCUCCUCCCUUGAGCUGUCUUCCAAGCUCCCCAGCCAGUCAUUUCUGCAGUACUGAGCUUCAAGCCGGAAGUAAGCUGUGUUUUGGAGGCCUCCUGCCUGUGGCCUGGGAGGUUUCAGAGAAGUGGGGCUGGCCUGAGAGUGGCUGGGGGAGGGUUUUCAAGGUGGACCCGCCCCUCAGAGUAGGCAGAGGGCUCUGUCUCCCAUCUCCCCUCUGUACCUGGCAUGAACUUCUGUGUGCCUGGCGUGAGCGUGGGGUCAGGGAAGAACGAAAGGUGUGGAGCUCUGAGUUGCCUAGGGAACUGAGGUGACAAGGGACAUUGGUGCCAGCUGCUGAUCUUCCCCUCCAUCACCCUUUACUCUAAAGCUGUCCAUGGUGACCCUGUAAGGCAGAUUAAGAUUGUGGAUGGUCAUGGUAGGCACUGGGUGCAGCCCCUGCAUGGAACUGUGGGUCACCUAUCACCACGUCUGUCAUCGGGGCUCCUCAGUCUGGCCCUGAGCAGGUUGCUGUCCUGGCUCCUGAAACACUGCGGACGCCAUGCUCUGAGGCACCCCAUUAACAGGGGUGGAAGGAUGUGGAGAGAGUGGGAGCACACACUGUCCCAGUACAUGGUCUAAAGGCCCAGCGGGACAGCCUGAGCUACAAAGGAGGAGGCUAGUCUGGUGCUGCUGCUCUGGGGAGUGGACUUGGUCAUCCACUGGGCAGCACUCCUGGCUUGUGCCAGCUUCUGCCCACAGCCCAUAGCCGUUGACCCCAGAUAGCCAGUGCUCAAGAUCAGGGGCACAUAGCUAGCCGGAACGUGCUCCCGUGAGCUCUGCGCCACCAGGUCACCUGUGGAGCUGUGGGCGCAGGAGCCAGGACGCCAUGUCCCUGCUGUGUGGCCUGUGGCUGGUAGCCCUGGGUUGGGGGAACUGUUCAGGGACAGAUGUGAAGCUUGGUGACCUGUUCCCAGGGCACAGAGGGUCCCUGGUCUCUGGUACGGCUUCAUCUGUGCAUGUCUUGUUGGUAAGUGUUCCCUGGUAGACCAGGAACCUGACUGUCCACACGUCCUCUCUCCUGCUUCACAUCCAGUACUCCCCAGACACGCACAUGCUGCAGGCCUAGGAAGUCACCAUGGUGACCAGAAGUAAAGAGGCCCUCCCUGCCCCCUCGCUCUGUUAUUUCUCCCCAUCCUCCUUCCUUCCUCCUUCUCUCUCCCUCCCUCUCUCUGCUUCUCCCUUCCCCUUCUCUUCCUGUCUUCCCCUCCGUCCUCCUUGCCUCUUCUGCCUUCUCCCCCGCCUCAGCUUUUAGCCUGGCAUCCAGGGCAUGAGAGACAUGUCUCUACCAUCAUCUCUUGGAGCCUUGCCUUUGAGCAGGGUGGGGUGUCUGGCUUACUGUCAUGAGGAAGUCCCAGGACAUGCCCCCUGCUUUCUGCGUCCUUACAGUCUAGGGACUUAGCCCCUCCCCUCCCCAGCCCGCAGCACCAGGCCUGCCAGGCUUGAGGUAGCAGGAACUGUUCAUCUUUCCUCUGAAGAGGGAAGGCCACCUACAGUAUUCUGCGAGAGCCAGGCGAUGGGUCAGUGUCUUCCUUUAGAGACAGGAAACCCCUUGGGCAGUGGUAAAACAGUGUAAGGUGGGGUAUGAAAGUUAGUGACAUGCAAGAAGGAAUCCUUCCUCAGAGAGAGGAACAGGUGAUGGGUAGAACAUUACUGUUCUUCUUCCAAAUCCUCAGAUUUCCUGUCAGGGGACCCACCCUGGGCACCCUGCUCACCCAGUCCCGCCCCAUCUGAACUGUGCAGUGCCUGCUUAGAAUAAGUCAGAAAGGGAUGUGAGACUCAGUCCUACUGAAAGAUUCCUCAUGUGUGGGAACCAUCGCGUCCUGAUCAGGAGUGGCAAAGUCACCACAGAUGGCCACAGGGUACUCCUCGUUUCAGGUCAGGGUGACAGAGCAGCCUCCUAUAUCCUCGCCUCCGCUCUCUCGCUCCCUCGCUCGCUCGCUCAGAAUACCUCUGCUUAGAAGCAAUAUUAUAAAGGAUAAGUCGAGCUGUUCCAAAGAUCAAGAUCGCCAUUGCAGACAGCGCUUUCCCCCCAGAGCCUCUGAGGGGGCGUUGGCUUGCCUGGUGGGGUGGGUGGGGCUGGAACAGAGCAUCACCAAGGCCUCCCCCGGGCUUGUUGGGCUCUGGGGUUUUGUUUGUUUUGUUUGGGGUUUGGGUUGGUCCUGUGUGGUGAGAGCUAGGCCAGGGCUCUACCGCUGAGUGACACUCCCAGCCAUUUUGAUUUUUUUUUUAAACUUGAGAUGGGAUCUCAAAAAGCUGCCCAGGCUGGCCUUGAACUCCCAGUCCUCUCGCCUCAGCUUCCUGAAUUUCUGGGGUGAUGGGCCUACAUGCUGCCAUGGCCUAGUGCUGUUUGCGGUUUGUCUUGUUUUUUUGUUUCUGUACCAAAAGCUGCUACACUGGUGACACAGCAGGGUGUGGCCUAGGUAACCUCCAGACUGGCAUAUGGCACCCUCUUCCCACAGCCUGGGGACUAAAGACUUGUUCCUGGGGUUGUCACUUCUCUCUGCCCUCCCCGUCCCUAACCCCGGAAGUCAGAGCUGCUCACUGCUCGGCUGUGGGUAUGUUUGAGCCAAGCACAGAUGUCUCCUUAGGGAGACUCCUCCUGGUCCCGGCUGCUGGUCCUGCUGCUCCUCUGCUGUUCUCCACUGCUCCAAGCUUCCCUUGAGGCCUCAGCUUUGCUGCUGCAGGGAACAUUCUAGAACCGACCCCCCCUGGGGUCAGGGCACAGGAGCCUGGGCAGGGCUGUCCCACAGAUGAGGCCAGCCACAUGCCUUCUCAAGAGGUGCCACCUGGGCGUGAGGCUGGACAGAGGCUCCUCGGACAGGUGGACGGAGGGAGUGGCCCAGUAGAGAGAGAGAGCAGUUUGGCAGGCGGGAAGGGGGAGGUGAGCUGGUGGGCCUGGAGACGGAGGGCUGCCCUACCCCAUCUUAGCCCUCCCAGUGGGUGCAGGCGGUGGUAGAGAGCUGAUCCCUUAAUGAGGAUGUCUGUCUGUCUGUCUCUGUCUCUCUCUCUCUGUCUCUCUCUCUCUCUCUCUCUCUCAAAAUAUUUCGCUCAGAGUGCUUCAGUCCCAAUGAAAAGCGGCAUGUGUUUCUGUACUUGGGCUAAGCUGUCAAACACAGGCUGCCUGGGGUCCCCAGGACCUCUUCCUCGAAGCCCUUAUCUGCACCCCAGCCCCCACCUUGGGAGAGUUAGAGGAUUAGAAGAGCCUGCUGCUUUACCUCUGGAAAUUUCCCUCCCAUAUCAGAAACAUGACUACUCCUACGGUGACUGGUGUGGACGGACCUGGGCCUCAGGCACCCCAAAAGCCUAAGUGUAGACGGUGGCCAGGUGUGGUCCACAACCCCUGUAUGUGAAGCACUUGCCGCAUUAGAGCAACCUCAGCAUUGUCCCGAGUCCCUGGGACUGAUGACCCUGCUAGGAGGAGCUCCGUGACCCACUAAGUUCAUGUUCUCUGUCCUGUAUGUAUCCAAAUGGCACCUUGGCUUCUGAGUCCGAAUCCGCUGGUUUAGAACUUUUGUUAUUUUUAAAACUGGGAAUUCAAAAAUCUAACAUCUUCAGUAUAGUCCCUCUGCUCCAUCUUCUUUUCUUUACGUCCUUCCUGGGUGGGAGGGGCAUUUGGGAUCCCUGAUAAUACCUUAGCUUGAUUCCUGGGCUGGGAAAGGUGGUGGGGGCGGGAAGGGGUGACCCAAGCUGUUUUCCAGGUCUCUCCUUGGAUUCUGCUGCGUUCUGGGAGGGGGAGGGGGCAGCAGCUGUGCACGUGAGAGGGAGGGGCUAAAGCCAAUAGUGAGGUGGUUUCUUUUCUUAACUGAAUGAUAAUUCUGUAAAAGUAAUUGGGGGGAGGGUGUUCAGGGAAUGUAUGUGUGUGUAUGUGUGUGUGUGUAUGUGUGUGCGUGCGCGCAAGCAUGUGUUUGUUUUGUUUCGUUUUUUACAGUGGCUGUCAAGUAUUUUCAUGAUAUGUUUAACACUUAGUGCUUUAAAAGCAGUGGUACCCAAUACGAUGGGAAUCCGAGUUCCAGAGAAGCCCCACCUUAGUGAGCACAGGUCCCACUCUGGAGGCAGGGGUAAGAAAGGCCUGCGGACCCACACACCAAGCAGCAACACCUGGGCGUUCAUUUCAAACGGGAUACAGUAUUUUUUUAUAACAGAACCAUCCUUUUUUUUUAAAAAAAAAAAAAAGUUUUGACACCUGAAUGUGAUUUCUAACUAUUAUUAGAUGUUAAUGUUUUAAAGCUAUAACAAAGUGGAAAUUUCUACUUUCUUUUUCAUUCAUUUGAACUGUUCUUUUAUCUAUUCGGUUGUUGUAUGUGGGUGGGGAAGCUCUGUUUUCUCCUCUUAGCAUUUGUUUCUAUAACCAGAAAUAAAAAUUAUAUAUUAAAGAGA